GCGUGUUGUUGGCCGGCUCCCGCGCCGGCUUUUGCUCUCUUCUGCGCCUGCGCCAGGUAGCACCGAGCCGGGGAGAGACCAUAACAGUUGUCAGGAAACCCAGAAGUGACCUCGGCCGGGACGGGGGAUGGUCCAAAGGGGCAGCGCCGCCCCCCUGCAGAGAUGAUCCGCAUCGCAGCCUUGAACGCCAGCUCCACUGUGGAGGAUGACCAUGAGGGCACCUUCAAGAGCCACAAGACCCAGACCAAGGAGGCGCAGGAAGCGGAAGCUUUCUCCCUGUACCACAAGGCCUUGGACCUGCAGAAGCAUGACCGGUGUGAGGAGUCCGAGAGGGCCUACCAGGAGCUGCUGGAGACUCGCCUGCUGCGCGAGGCGGUUCUGUCCGGGGAUGAGCGAGAGGGCCUGAAGCACCCCGGGCCCAUGCUGAAGUACUCCACCUACAAGAACCUGGCUCAGCUGGCGGCCCAGCGGGAUGACCUGGAGACGGCCAUGGAGUUCUACCUGGAGGCCGUGAUGCUGGACUCGACGGACGUGAACCUGUGGUACAAGAUCGGGCGCGUGGCGCUGAGGCUGGUGUGCGUCCCCCUGGCGCGGCACGCCUUCGAGGAGGGGCUCCGCUGCAACCCCGACCACUGGCCCUGCUUGGACAACCUCAUCACGGUCCUGUACACGCUGGGCGACUACACCACCGGCCUCUACUUCAUCUGCAAGGCCUUGGAGAAGGACUGCCGCUACAGCAAGGGGCUGGUGCUGAAGGAGCAGAUCUUCCAGGAGCAGCCCUGCCUGCGCAAGGACUCCCUGCGCAUGUUCCUCAAAUGUGACAUGUCGAUCCACGACGUGAGCGUGAGCGCCGCGGAGACCUCGGCCAUCCUGGAGGAGGCGCGGCUGCUGCGCAGGAAGAGGCAGGCGCUGCUGGUGCGCGAGAAGGAGGCGGACCUGCACCUGAGCCAGCCCAUCCCCUUCCUCACGUGGAAGUGCCUCGGGGAGAGCCUGCUGGCCACCUACGCCCACUUCACGUCCUGCGAGCCCCCCCAGCCCAGCUUGGGCAAGAGGAUCGAGCUGGCAGAGUACCGGGACCCCGCCGCGCUCUCCGUGCCCGCCCCGCCCGCGGCCCCCCCUGCCGUCAGCAUCGCCCCGCCCCCUCCCGCCGUGGCCGCGGCCCCAGAGCCGCUCUUCCCCUUCUCCGCCGUGGCUCCCGCCUUCUCUCUCCCCAACCCGAGCUUACUGGAGGCUGUCGCUCCGCUGGGGGACGCCUCUGGGGGGGACAAGUCCAAGAAGGGCGUCAAGCGGAAGCGUCCGGUGGCCGAGGAGAGUGGGGAGACGGCCAAGAGGCGCUCGGCGCGCGUCCGCAACACCAAGUGUAAGAAGGAGGAGAAGGUUGACUUCCAGGAGCUGCUGCUCAAGUUCCUGCCGCCCAGGCUCCGCAAGCUGGACCCCGAGGAGGAGGACGACCCCUUCGGCGGCUACGAGGUCCAGUCGGAGGUCAAGCCCGAGAGCUUCCCCAGCGCCGGCGCCCCCCGGCUCUCCUUCGACUCCACCACCUUCGUGGAAUCCGAGCAGCAGGACGUGCACAGGUUCCUCCUGGACAACAUGAGCAACGGGGGCCUCCUGGAGCUGAUGAUGAGGUACCUGAAGGUCAUGAGCGCCCAGUUCCUGGUGAAGUGGCCCCCGGGCCUGGGCCAGGUCGUGCUCAGCAUCUACGGCAGCUGGCGCAAGCACAGCAGCGGCCUCCCCAACCCGCUGCUCCGUGACUGCAGCGACCGGCACAUCAAGGACAUGAUGCUCAUGGGCCUGUCGUGCAUGGAGCUCCAGCUGGACCAGUGGCUGCUGGCCAAGGGCAAGAGCUGUGCGGAAAAAUGGAGGCCCUUCGCUGUGAGCUGCCCCUUGUCCCCUCUUCCUCAUCUCCUAUCACUCAGGGUGUCUCCCCGGCACUGCCCGGCCAGCGUGGUGAACGGCCGCUUCGGCCCCGACUUCCCGGGGACCCACUUCCUGGGGGACCUCCUGCAGCUCUCGUUCGCCUCUUCCCAGCGGGACCUGUUCGGGGACGGCUGGCUGGAGUUCAUCGUCCGGGUUUACUGGCUGAAGGCGCGCUUCCUGGCUCUGCAGGGAGACAUGGACCAGGCGCUGGAGAACUACGACAUGUGCACGGAGCUGCUUCAGAGCGCGGCUGCAGCCGGCGGGCAUUCUGAGGCCCGGAGCCCCCUCAUCCGCCUGCCCAACCUCCACCUGGACUCCGUGGUCUCCCUGGAGGAGAUCGAUAAGAACUUGAAGUCCCUGGAGCGCUGCCAGUCCUUGGAGGAGCUGCAGCGGCUCUAUGAGGCCGGGGACUACCAGGCCGUGGCCCACCUGCUGCGGCCCACCCUGUGCCUCAGUGGCUACGACCGCUCCAAGCACCUGGAGUUUGUCACCUCCAUCCCGGAGCGCCCGGCCCAGCUGCUCCUGCUGCAGGACGCCCUGCUCAAACUCAAAGACUACCCACGCUGCUUCGAGUGCUCCGAAGUUGCCCUGCAUGAGGCCAUCCAGCAGAUGGUCAACCUGACGGACGCCUCAGCCAAGGAGGAGUGGGUGGCCACGGUCACUCAGCUGCUCCUGGGCAUCGAGCAGGCCCUCUCUGCGGACAGCAGCAUCCUGGAUGAGACCCUGCGCACCCCCAGCCUCAUCCGGCUCACCAACAACCUCAUUCAGGUCAUCGACUGCAGCAUGUCUGUCCAGGAGGAGGCCAAGGAGCCGUACGUGGCCUCGGUGCUGCCCUGGGUCAUCCUGCACCGCGUCAUCCAGCACGAGGAGGAGGGCUUCCGGACCCGCUGCCAGCAGCAGCAGCAGCUGCAGAGCCCGGACGACAGUCAAGGGAGACCCGACACCCCGCUGCUCCCGUCUUCCCUCAUGCUGCUCAACACGGCCCACGAGUACUUGGGGAGGAGGUCGUGGUGCUGCAACUCCAACGGGGCCCUGCUGCGCUUCUACGUGCGAGUCCUGCAGAAGGAGCUGGCGGCCUCGGCCUCGGAGGACACGCACCCGUACAAGGAGGAGCUGGAGACGGCCCUGGAGCAGUGCUUCUACUGCCUGUACAGCUUCCCCAGCAAGAAGAGCAAGGCGCGCUACCUGGAGGAGCACUCUGUGCAGCAGGUGGAGCUUGUGUGGGAGGACGCCCUCUUCAUGUUCGACUAUUUCAAGCCCAAGACCCUCCCCGAGUUCGACAGCUACAAGACCAGCACGGUGUCGGCCGACCUGGCCAACCUCCUGAAGAAGGUGGCCACCAUCGUCCCGCGGACCGAGAAGCCGGCGCUCAGCCUGGACGACGUCUCGGGCUACAUCGAGGGCACCCUGAGCAAGGUGCCUUCGCUCCCGGAGGGCGCAGACCGCUCUCCUCCCGCGGUGAACGAGCUCUACUACCUCCUGGCCGACUACCACUUCAAGAACAAAGAGCAGUCCAAGGCCAUCAAGUUCUACAUGCACGACAUCUGCAUCUGCCCCACCAGGUUUGACUCGUGGGCCGGCAUGGCGCUGGCCAGGGCCAGCCGCAUCCAGGACAAGCUCAACUCCAACGAGCUCAAGAGCGACGGCCCCAUCUGGCGGCACUCAGCGCCGGUGCUCAACUGCUUCCGGCGGGCGCUGGAGAUCGACUCCUCCAACCUGUCGCUGUGGAUCGAGUAUGGCACCAUGUCCUACGCGCUGCAUUCGUUUGCCUCGCGGCAGCUCAAACAGUGGAGGGCCGAGCUGCCGGCCGAGGUGGUCCAGCAGAUGGAAGAACGCCGGGACAGCAUGCUGGAGACGGCCAAGCUGUGCUUCACGUCGGCCGCGCGCUGCGAGGGCGACGGGGACGAGGAGGAGUGGCUCCUGCACUACAUGCUGGGCAAGGUGGCCGAGAAGCAGAAGCAGCCGCCGGCCGUCUACCUCCAGCACUACCAGCGGGCCGCCCACUACCUGCACGAGGAGGCCGCGCGCUACCCCAAGAAGAUCCACUACCACAACCCCCCGGAGCUGGCCAUGGAGGCGCUGGAGGUCUACUUUCGCCUGCACGCUUCCAUCCUGAAGCUCGUGGGCAAGCCCAACGCCGGCGUCGACGCCGAGAGCCUGGUCGCCUUCAUGAAGGAGGCCGCCGACGGACCCUUUGCCAGGGGCGAGGAGAAGAACACCCCCAAAGUGUCCGAGAAGGAAAAGGCCUGCGUCAUCGACGAGGACUCCCACUCUUCAGCGGGCACCCUCGUGGGCCCCGGCGCCUCGGCCCCCCCCUCCGGCCCGGGCCUGACGUCGCCCCCUUACACGGCCACUCCCAUCGACCACGAUUACAUCAAGUGCAAAACGCCGCGGCAGCAGGGCACGCCCGACGAGAGGAGCCAGGACAGCAGCGCCGUGGCCCUGUCCGACUCCAGCUCGACCCAGGACGUCUUCAGCGAACCCACCAGCUCCCAGGAGAACUCCCGGAAGCCUCCCCUGGACAAGCGGCCCCCGGGCUCCUCGGCCGCUGCAGGGCCGCCGGGGCCGCUCCCGGAGAGGGGCAAAAGCGAGGAGCCUCUGGAGAAUGGGGAGUCCCUGCGCGCCCCGGGGGAGCCCGGGGCCCCGCGCGCCACGGCCGAGGGCCCGGCCAAGCCCGCGGCCUGCCCCCUGUGGGACGGCCGGAGGAGAGGCGAGCCCCCCGGGGAGCGCGGCGAGCUGGGCCAGCGGCUGCCGGCCGACGCCGAGGGCCAGCGCAAGUUCCUGACGGAGCAGUGCGUGGCCUCCUUCCGCCUCUGCCUGAGCCGCUUCCCGCAGCACUACAAGAGCCUCUACCGGCUGGCCUUCCUCUACGCGCACAGCAAGACCCACAAGAACCUGCAGUGGGCCCGAGACGUGUUGCUAGGCAGCAGUAUCCCGUGGCAGCAGCUGCCACACAUGCCGGCCCAGGGCCUUUUCUGCGAGAGGAACAAGACGAAUUUCUUCAACGGAAUCUGGCGCAUCCCGGUGGACGAGAUCGACCGCCCCGGCAGCUUCGCCUCUCACAUGAACCGCUCCAUCGUCCUGCUGCUGCAGGUGCUGAGCCAGCUGAAGGAUUAUGGGACCUUGCUGAGGGUCUCCUCGAUGCUGCAGAGGACGCCCGACCAGGGGAAGAAGUACUUGCGGGAUGCGGACCGCCAGGUGCUGGCGCAGCGGGCCUUCGUUCUCACCGUGAAGGUGCUGGAGGAGACGCUGAGCGAGCUGGCGGAGGGCUCAGAGGGCCACAGGAUGACAACAGACGUUCCCAACAAGCCGAGCGCCGAGGACGCUAACGAGGUCCUUCCCAAGAAGCUGGCUCUGUCCGACGGCGGGGGGAAGGGGGCCGCCCCCCAGUACGGCCCCCUGGCCGUGGACCCGGCCGACCCCGGCACUCUGAAGGAGCGUCCCUGGCUGGUUCCCCCGGAGCCCAUGGACCUGGAGCCAGAAAGGUUUGACGGGGCCAUCCGGCGCCCCGAGGCAGAGAGGCCCCCGGCCGCGCGCACCCCCAAGGACCGAGGGCCGGACGGGCGCCCCUCCGAGCUGUCCCUGGAGGAGCUGAGCAUCAGCUCCCGACAGCCGCCGCCGCCGCCCGCCCCCACCAAGGGCUCGGGCCAGUCGGCUCCGGAGGAGGCCGGGCAGAGACCCGGCCGGAAGAGGAAGUUACUGGACGACCCCGAGUCCGGGAAAAGCCUCCUCCUGGACGCUUACCGAGUCUGGCAGCACGGCCAGAAGGUCAUGGCCUACGACCUGGGGAGGAUUGAGAAGAUCAUGUCUGAGACCUACAUGCUGAUCAAGCAGGUGGAUGAAGGGGCCGCCCUGGAACAGGCAGUCAAGUUCUGUCAGGUGCACCUGGGGACGUCAGCCCAGCGACAGGCCACAGGGGACACCCCCACCACACCUAAGCCCCCUAAGGACAGCAGAGAGAGCUUCUUCUGGGCCACCGCGACGGCCUCCCCGGCCCUCCAGCCUGCACCCUCAAACCCUGACACGGCGCUCCCUGACGUCUCGCCCAAAACCAAGCCGGCUUCCGCCUCCAAGGAUCCCGAGGCCCUUCCAAGCAUGGCUUGUCCGGCUCCAGGGGAGGAGCCGGCGGCCGGCGGUCGGAGAGGCGCCUCGGGACCUCCGCAGCAGGACGCCCACCUCGGGCCGCAAGUGGACCCGGCCACGGCCCCCACGCCGGACCCCGAGCUCGGGCACGCCGAGUCUGUGAGCGGCGCCGUGGCAGGACGCGCCUGUGCUCAGGCCUCCGGCUCAAAACCUUCGGGAAGCCUGGCCCCUCGGGCAGAGCCCCCCCGGGUGAAAGCCCGCCUCCUGCCCACCAUGCCCAAGCUCGUCAUCCCCGCCUCCAUCUCCAAGUUCCCCCCCGAGAUCACCGUCACUCCCCCGACCCCCACCCUCCUCUCCCCCAAGGGCAGCAUCUCCGAGGAGACCAAGCAGAAGCUAAAGUCUGCGAUCCUGAGCGCCCAGUCCGCGGCCACCGUGAAGAAGGAGAGCCUCUGCCAGCCCGCCCUGGAGAUCCUGGAGAUGUCCAGCCAGGAGUCGUCCCUGGAGAGCGAGAGCGACGAGGAGGACGACUACAUGGACAUCUGAGGGGGCGGGCGCUGCCCACUGGGGGGCGGUUUCUAUGGCGCCCGUGCCGAGGGGUCGGGGGGCUGUUCCCGGGGGAAGGGCUGGUUCCCCGGUGCAUCUUUUUGUACUAAGCGUUAGUUUUGUAAGGCGGCGGGGGCAGAGGCGCCGAGACCGGCUCGAACCUGGGACCACGGGGGCCCGGGUGCGUCCUGGUGGUGCCGGCCCAGAGCUGGGCGGGUUUGCUUUUCUAAUAAAGUGGAAACGUGC